UUAAAGUGUUGUGUUAAUUGUUAACUGCUAUAAAUUAGCAAACUCAUAAUGACCAAAAGAAAGUCUAAAGCAAAGGAGUUGCUUGAUAAAGGAUCGGAAUGGUUUUUUCUCACUCGUAAAGGUUGGAUCAACAGGUUGAUUCCUUUAGUUUCAGGUGUAACUACAAUAUAUACAAUAUUCAUGUUUGCUGCUCUCUUCAAAAUCGUCAAAACAAAUGUCGACAGUUAUUUGGUGCUCAUUGGGUUUACCAAUUUAUUUCAAUUGUUUGCCUUGCCAGUUCUUAAAUUAUCCAAGCUUGAAAGUUCCCAACUAUGUCUUGUAUACCUUGUAAUUAACGGUCUUUCCCUGAUUGGUCUCAUUAUUGUCACCUUCUUAACCAUGAUAACAGUCGUCAAAACUAAAAGCUAUUGUCCAAUGCAAAUAUUGAUCAUUGAUAGUUAUGGCUUGGCAAUAAUCGCACUUGAAGUUCUCGUAUUUUUGGAAUAUAAAAGUCUACUUCGACCCGAUGAACAAAUAUCGAUACCAAUGAUUUCAUCAGCAAACCAGGCAAAAACCAACCCAUGAAUCAGUCUCAAAGUCUUAACCUGAUUGGUAUCAUUAUACUUGUUUCAAUUGAUUGCUUUCCAAUCCAAGAUUGCCAUUUGAUUUUGUCAAUGUUGAUCAUUUACUCGAGAUACUGUCAAAUCUACAGCAAAUUGAAUUACUAUUUGAAUUAUUAUUUUAAUUACAAAUGUUUGAUAAAUGAAUCGUAAUCAAGUGACAACUAUAUUAUAUUUUCAUGGUUGUGGCUCUUAACUGGAACCAAUUAAUUGAUUAUCAUUUAAUCUGUUAACCAAACCCUGUUUAAUCGACAUUUGACAAUUUUGCUGUCUUCAGCCUUUUAUUAACCUGUUAAUAUUAACCAUUUUUAUCAUUUUUCAAUUAUCUUAAUCAGUUUAAACAUUAAACAAUUUGCUUACAUCAAAAGGUCAA